CACAUAGCCUACUCUUCUCUCCGGCAAGGGAUAAUAUUGCAAAGCAUUGGACACAAAAAAGACCAAAAAUGAACCAGCUCUGGAUCACUCUCUUUUUGCUCUGCCCAGCUGUGAUUUACGGAGGUAAAGUUCUUGUCUUCCCAUUGGACGGGAGCCACUGGGUGAACAUGAAAGUCAUCAUUGAGGAACUCCAUGCAAGGGGCCACCAAGUAACGGUUGUGAGAUCAAGAGACAGCUGGUACAUCAAGGAAACCUCCCCAUUGUAUACUUCAAUUACACUCGAAUCAGAUUCUGGAUUUGGUGAAAGCUUUGCAAAAACGUUCGUGGUCCAAUUGAUGGAAAUCCAGAGAGCAGGGAAGUCUGCCUGGACACGUUUCAAACUGGAAAUGGAACAAGCACAAAUGGCCUCAGCGCUGCAUGUGAACACGGCCACAAUGCUUGAGCAGCUUUUUGAAAACAAAGGUCUGAUACAGUCGCUGAAGGAUGCCAAAUAUGACCUUGUCCUUGCUGACCCUGCUAUACCAGGGGGGGUCCUGCUGGCCCACUACCUUAAGCUGCCUCUCGUUUUCAAUGUCAGAUGGACAAGUCAAGGUGAAGGCCACUUUUCAAUCGCACCCACUCCUCUCUCUUAUGUUCCAUUGACAGGGACUGUGCUUUCAGAUAAAAUGAACUUUCUUGAAAGGGUUCUUAACGUAAUCGUUUUUGGUUUCACAGAAUAUCAAAUUGCAUACUAUGUUGUACCAUAUUAUGUUGACCUGAUUGAUAAAUAUUUAGGUCCAGACGCAGACUUUUUCUCUCUAUUUCAAGCUGCAGACAUUUGGCUGAUGAGAGUGGACUUUGUGUUUGAGUUCCCUCGUCCCACCAUGCCUAAUGUUGUCUACAUGGGAGGGUUCCAGUGCAAACCAGCAAAACCUCUCCCUGAGCACCUGGAGGAUUUUGUGCAGAGUUCUGGAGAGCAUGGGGUCAUCAUCAUGUCUCUGGGGACUUUGAUUGGAGAGCUUCCCCACGACCUCGCUGAUGAGAUCGCUGCAGCGUUUGCUAAAUUACCCCAGAAAGUCAUCUGGAGAUAUAUAGGAGACAGACCAGCCACUCUGGGCAACAACACUCUGCUAGUAGACUGGAUGCCUCAGAAUGACCUUUUAGGACAUCCCAAGACAAAACUAUUCGUGGCUCACGGAGGAACAAAUGGAGUCCAAGAGGCUUUGUAUCACGGAGUUCCUAUCGUAGGACUUCCAUUGAUUUUUGAUCAGCCUGAUAAUCUACAUAGAAUAGAAGUAAGAGGAGCCGGGAAGAUUGUUGAUAUUUUUAGCAUGACUGGAGACAUCUUCUAUCAAGGCAUCCAGGAAGUCCUGAAUGAGCCCUCCUACAGGUUGAACAUGCAGAGACUCUCCAGGCUGCACAGAGAUCAGCCAAUGAAGCCGCUGGACACCGCCCUCUUCUGGAUAGAGUUUGUCAUGAGACACAAAGGUGCAGCUCACCUGAGAACAGAGUCCUACAGACUGCCCUGGUAUUCCUAUCACUCUGUAGAUGUGAUUUUGUUCCUGGCUGGAGCUGUGCUGCUCGUACUGUUCACUUUUGUGUUUUUCAUCAGGUGUUUGUGCACUAAAAUGUGUAAAUCUAAAGUGAAACGUGAGUAAGCAUUCAAGGGAUACACACUGACCACAUUGAUUAAGAAUAAUGUAUCGUAAAUUGAUUUUGGGAUUAGUAUUAUAGACUAAUAUAAGAUGUGUUUGUCAACCCAUUUGUGGAACCUUUGACAAUAUGUUGUGUUAUUUUAAUUAGUUUGAUCAUAUUUCAUGAAGUCAUUGCAUAACUUAUUAGAAGUUGAGAACUUUGUCAGAACUAACAUUAUGAAUAAAAUACUUGAAAUGAAUGUCAAAUGAGAUACAUUUCACUGAUCAAAGUCAGGAUAUUUAUGAUCUAACCUUUGUCAAAGGGCAUUUUGCAGGAGUAACUAUAUGUAGCUCUAUAAACAUUAACAUGUCAUUAAAAGAGAUUCACAGGA